CUGAUUGCGGUCAGUUGGGAGGAAGAUUCUGACUGUGUUGUCCCAAAUGGCAAAUCUGGUCUCCUUGAAGGCUUUGGGCAGUGCCUCAAACUGAACUCUGCCUGGGUGGGGGACGCUAACACGAGGCAAUGUUGGAAAACCUAUAGGUGGUUAUUUUAGAGGAAUUCCCUCCACUGACUUGUACCAGGUUGCUGACCCUCUGUGUCCUGCUUUUCUCAUGUAAAGCCCUGUCUCCUGGUAUCUGAUACCAAUCUGUAUACAUGUCUGAUUGCUGUCUAGCCACUAUUUGAAUAGGUUAGGUACACUUUGCAAAACUGAGAAAAAUAAUGCACAAAGAAUCUGAGGUCUGAGUCUUCUAUUGAAUUAUCCUGCUAUUGCCACAUCUUACCAUUCCUUGCAACAAAGCAGGGUGCGGGUGAAGGCCUAAUAGAAUGGGAGUGGAAACAUAUUCCGAAUUUUUUAUGAUUCCCAACUGGACCAAUAUUAUUAGCCCACAACUUCAGUGUGUUUUUAAUUCAACAGUAGGACUUUCAACAUACGUACAUGUACUGUCUGGCAUUGCAUAUGGUGGACGUAUAAAUUUUUCCUGCAGCUGAGUCAUUUUGACUAAGCCCGAAGAGAAUGGGAACAACACUUUGUAUCUUCAAGACCUCUUCUGGUUGGGCUAAUCCUGCCUCUAUUCCUGGCUUCAGACCAGCUGGGAGAGUGGAACUAAUCCAGAUCUGUAUUAUUAGAUCAGAUCUCAAAGUGAAACACUGAAGCAGUGUGAGGGUCAAAGCUAGACUGGAAAAGAGUCUAUUGGGAUGAACGACUCAUCUGCUAAAAACAUAACACAAAUUUGAAACUGAUCCGAAUUCAUAAUGCAAAAGUUAGUACUUAUAACUUCAUAGUUGCUAAUGCACAAGCACAUGCAUAUUGAACGCAACAUACUGUUUGCUCAAUUGUAAUUUUAAUGUCUGCUCUGGCUACCCAGCUCAGCUAACCCCAACCGCCCAUCAACCUCUCAUUAGAUGUCAACUGACUAAACAGGAUUAAAGUCAAAGCCUCUUUCUGCCGUUCCACCUGACUCAGCGUCAGUUUGUUGGAUUUCUGAACAAAUGAAGGUCGGAGACGAAGAGUGACAAUGAUGCUGCCCAGGUGGUUUCUGGGGGUGUGUUUGUGGUUGCUAAGUAUUGCAGAGGUUUGGACUGCUACCUUCAAGUUGGCUCUGAUUGGUCCCUGGUCCUGUGAUCCGAUGUUCUCCAGGGCAAUGCCAACGGCAGCAGCUAACUUGGCACUGUCAAGGUUACGGAGUGACAGCAGUCUGAGCAGAGGCUAUUGGUAUGAUGUCAAACUGCUGGAUGAGGACUGUUCCACUUCCAAAGCUUUGUCAGAACUUGGUGACAUGGAAGGUUACGGCCACGCCUACAUUGGACCCUUUAAUCCCAUGCUUUGUCAUGCUGCCUCUUUAUUGGCUCAACACUGGGAGGUGGGGCUUGCAUCGCCCGGCUGCCUGGAUGCUGACUGGCCAAACCUCCCGCCUAUCACGCCACCAAGCAGAGUUCUGUUCAGUGUUCUCAGGUUCUUUCACUGGGCACAUGUUGGCGUCAUUUCAGCUCCGGUCGACAUUUGGAGGAGCACCGGACAAGAAGUGGCCUCUGCUCUCAGGGCGCUUGGCUUACCCAUUGGUCCGGUUGUUGCCAUGGAAACCAAGAACAGAGACGGAGCUCAGCAUGCACUUGAAGCAAUCAGACAGGCAGACAAGGUCAAAGUGGUGAUAUUGUGCAUGAGCUCUGUUCUUGUUGGUGGGGAGGAUCAGAGAAAGCUCCUUUUGGCUGCACUGGACAUGGGGAUGGUCUCAGAUGGUUACGUCUUCAUUCCAUACGACGCCCUCCUCUAUACUCUGCCCUACCAGGACAUGGUGUUCCCCCAACUGACCAAUAGCACGCAACUUCGUCAUGCCUACAGUUCCGUUCUGACCGUCACCAUGGCAUCUGAUCAGAAUUUCUACCAAGCUUUUCGUCAGGCUCAAAUGAACCGAGAGAUCAGAUCUGCGGUGGCAGCAACAGAGGUGUCUCCACUCUUUGGGACCAUCUUCAACAUGGUUUACUUCGUUGCUAAGGCUGUAGAGGAGCGUCGUCAGGCAGGCGGGGGACGUUGGGUGACAGGUGACCAAUUGGUCCAAUCAGAUGGAGGCUUUGACUACCAGGGUUUUAAUCAGGUGUUGCAUGGCGGUAGAGACGGCAGUGGUUUGCAGGCCACAUACGUGGUGUUGGACAGUGAUGGGGCUCGACUCGUGCCGACACACACGCUCGCUCCAACACAUACUGACGGAUCUAUUAGCCACGUGAGACAGCUGAGUCGCUCCUUCGUCUUCCCGGGAGGAAAACCCCCGAGUGCCGCUUCCUGUUGGUUCAACCCUGAUGAGGCUUGUGGAGACACAGAUACUGUGAUGGCCGCCUUUGUCUUCAUAUUCAUCUGCCUUCUGAUUGGAGUUUUCUUUUGGAUCAGGAAGCGCAGGAUGGCGGAGACCAUGACAAAACUCAUUCUGACGUUGGAUGACAUCGUCUUCAUCGACACUCAAGUCAGCAGGAAGAAGCUGAACGACGAGUCAAUCAUGAGGAGUCUUCUUGAAAUUAAAACUCCAUUCCGCUCGAUUGCCAGAAGCUAUAUAUUGACAACACCCGAGAGCUCAAAUAUUGGAAUACUGGAGGGUGACUGGGUUUGGCUGAAGAAGAUCCCAGGAGGAAGGACAAUUGCAGCCGUCAAUCAAAACACACGGAAACUCUUCAGCAACUUAAGAGAAAUGCGACAUGAAAAUUUGAACCUCUACUUGGGAAUGUUUGUGGACUCGGGGAUCUUUGCUCUCGUGGUUGAACACUGCCCUCGUGGCAGCCUGGCAGACCUUUUAGCUGAUAGCGAGAUGAGGUUGGACUGGAUGUUCAAGUCGUCUCUAUUGAUGGACCUCAUCAAGGGGAUGAAGCAUCUCCAUCUACGGGGUUUAAGUCAUGGUCGACUGAAGUCCACAAACUGUCUGGUUGAUGGACGCUUUGUUCUGAAGAUCAGUGAUUAUGGACUUCACAUGAUCCUUCACUCAGAGAGACUCAAACUUCCUGAGGACUCGCAAGACCUGCUGUGGACUGCUCCUGAGCUUUUGAGGUGUCCAGUCAGAGGAGGGUCGAAGGCUGGGGAUGUGUACAGUUUCUCCAUCAUCAUACAGGAAGUGAUAUCACGAACGCCACCCUAUGCUAUGAUGGACAUGCCUGCUGAGGAAAUCUUGGAGAGGCUGAUGCAGCCACCUCCCCUUUGCCGACCGAUUGUUUCGGUGGAUGAAGCUCCAGCCGAAUGUCUCAAUCUGAUGAAUGAAUGUUGGAAUGAAGAUCAUGCCAAGAGGCCGAGCUUCGACGACAUUUUCAAACAGUUUCGAGGCAUCAACAGAGGGAAGAGAGCAAACAUUAUUGACUCCAUGUUACGAAUGUUGGAGCAAUAUAGUUCGAACCUGGAAGAUCUCAUCCGUGAAAGAACUGAUGAACUUGAGGUGGAGAGAAACAAGACAGAGAAGCUCAUAGGACAACUGCUUCCAAAGUCCGUGGCUCAGGCUCUUAAGAAAGGGAAGCCAGUUCGACCGGAACAUUACGCCGAUUGCACUCUUUACUUCAGCGACAUUGUUGGAUUCACAACCAUCUCUGCUCUCAGUGAACCCAUUGAGGUCGUGGACCUGCUGAAUGACCUUUACACCAUGUUUGAUGCCAUCAUUGCUUCUCAUGAUGUCUACAAGGUCGAAACAAUUGGUGAUGCUUACAUGGUGGCGUCCGGCGUUCCCAACAGGAAUGGAAAUCGGCAUGCAGCUGAAGUGUCCAACAUGUCGCUGGAUAUCCUGCACUCCAUUGGAGCGUUCAAGAUCAAACACAUGCCGGAAAUUAAAGUGAAGAUACGAAUAGGACUUCACUCUGGUCCAGUUGUGGCAGGUGUGGUGGGUCUCACGAUGCCCAGGUACUGUCUGUUUGGAGACACUGUGACCACAGCUUCUCUUAUGGAAUCCAGCGGACUUCCCUACAGAAUCCACAUCAGUCUGAGUACAGUGAAGGUUCUGACGAGUCUCAAACUGGGUUACCACAUGGAGAUCAGAAAAGCUCAGGUGAAAGGUUCAGAGGACACCUACUGGCUGGUGGGGAGAGACGACUUCAAUAAACCUCUACCCAUCCCUCCAGACCUCAUGGGCGGGGCCAGCAACCAUGGUAUCAGCCUUGAUGAAAUCCCAGUUGAAAGAAGACAGAAGUUUCUGGACAGACAGAAGAAAAUGAAGAAAUAGACGUUGCCAAUGGACAUACACACAUACACACUACCUCCACGUUUGCGAUGUAAAUAUAAAAAAACAAAACAAAACAAAACAAAAAUCAAAAAUUCCACGUGCAUAUUAGGCUUCCUGAUCACUGUUUGUGCCUCUUGUGGUUCUUGCAAUAGUGAAAUGUGUUGCAUUUAAAUGAUAUUUUUCAGCGCAUGAUCUUAAUAGGUGCUUUUUACUGAGUUAGUGGUUCUGUGUAUCUACAGUAAAACUUCUCAAAUGUUGAACACAGUCCAUUCCAGGAUGUAGGUCAACCUCCACCUUGUUUGCAUUCCAAAGGAAUUUUCCCACUGCAAACAAUAGCGAUAGAAAUAAUGCGUUCCACGGUCAAGCUGUUGCCAUCAUAAAACCGUUAUUAACAUUAGAGGCAAUGUUUUAAGUAACUAAGUCAUUGUAAUAUUCUUCAUGGUCAUACAGGAAUAAAAAUGUGUUCAUCACUGUUAAUAUUCUGACGUAAAAAGAUUCACUUGUAAUUGUAGUGACAAAGUGAUGGUUAUAGUGGCAUCUCAUUUUUCUUAAAUGUCACACAAAUGUGAAACGAAGUUAACUGUAGCAUGUAAACGCAAUAAAA